AAGUGAGGUUCCCGCCUCCCGCUCGGCUGUGGCGUUAAAAACAGCGCGCUGGGCGGCCACCACGGCCUGCCCCUCCAGUCGGGCCGCAAUUCUCUGCAGAAUCUGGCUCGCUUAGAGAAGAGAGCGAAGUCCGCCCGGAGCCAGCCGACGCCGACGGAAAGAUCCGAGCCAGGGAGGGAGCCGCGCCCCUAGGAGGAAUCGGGACCGGGCGCCGAGGUGGAGGAGCGGGGGGGAGGACGCCUGGGGCGGCCCGGGCUAUGACCCCGCCUCCGGGGGCCGGCGCUGCCUCCUGGCGCUUCGCGGCGGCCGCCUGCUGGCAGGUGAUGCGCCUGCGCCGAGUGGAGCACUUUCCGCGGGUACUGGAGUUUCUGCAGUGCCUGCGCGCUGCUGCCCCGGGCUUGGUUCGCUACCGGCACCAUGAGCGACUGUGUACGGGACUCAAGGCCAAGGUGGUGGUGGAGUUAAUCCUGCAGGGCCGGCCGUGGGCCCAGAUCUUGAAAGCCCUGAAUCACCACUUCCCAGAGCCUGGACCCGUAGUGGGAACCUCUAUGGCCCAGGCAGAGAGAGAGAGGAGGAAGGUUUUGGAAGCACAGGAAACCUUUCGCCAACAAGUGAAGCAGCUGUCAGAGACCCCUGUGGAUUUGGCCUUGAGCCUGCAGGACCUUGAACAAGAAUAUGGGGAACCCUUUCUGGCUGCCAUGGAAAAACUGUUAUUUGAAUACUUGUUUCAGCUAGAAAAAGCACUUCCUUCGGUACAGGCACAACAGCUUCAAGAUGUGCUCAGUUGGAUGCAGCCUGGAGUUUCCAUCACCUCUUCUAUUGUUUUGAGCCAAUAUGGUGUGGACAUGAGGUGGCCACUUCCAGAAAGCUCCAUUUCUGAUUCAGUGAACCUGACAGAGCCUAUGGAACAGAUGCCUCACCAACCAAAACUAGCACUCCACAGUCCUCAGCCAAAAGCUAAACCAGGCCCUCCAGGAUCACCUUUAAGAAAACACCCAGAAGCACCAGCUGGUCACCACUUCAAUCUGGCCCCUCUAGGGCGUCGAAAAAUUCAAUCCCGAUGGACAUCCGCAAAGGGAGGCCAUAAAGAGCGGCCGACAGUCAUGCUGUUCCCAUUUAGGAAUCUGGGUAUACCAACCCGCAUCAUGUCUAAACCUGAAAGUACAGAACAUGGACCACACAAGGCCAAUACAGCAUGUUCUGUAGGCACAAACACAGUUACUACUGGGAAAUUUAAGAGUCCAUUUCAAGGCCUGGGGAAGAGAGCCCUAGAGGAGAACCCAACUCAUUUGUCUGCCUCAGAACAUAAAGAGAAUUGCUUGGAUUGCUAUGUGGAUCCCCUGAGACUGUCAUUAUCACCUCCUACAGCCAAGAAACCAGUGCUCCCUCCAUCUCUGCUUAGCUCUGCCAUUACCAUAGGGGACUCAGUUUUGGACUCUGAUGAGGAAGAAAAUAACCAGAGGGAAGGAAAGACUCUGAUUCCUUCUUAUAGGAGUCUCUGGAAACCUCUCAGAAGAGAAAGUUUGGCAUCCACAUCCCCACUCCUGGCCCCAGUGCACUGCCAGUUCCUUCCCAUGACUGCAUAGACAGCUCUAGGGCCCUGUGAUGGCACUGAAAUACCCUUUGCACCUGCAUGUUUGUUUCUGCAGCUGUGAAAACAGUUUAGUGGAAAUGGAGUGGAGGCACAGGCCUUGGCUACAUUGCUAAACUCUGUAAAUACUUCUUAAUUAAAGCUUGGGUUUAUUAUGA